AUGGACGGUUAUGCCAUUGCGACGUUGGUCAUUUUCGUCGUUUCCACUGUCUUCGUCAUACAGCCUGUGUCGAUACCCACUCAUGUUCGCUCAAUACCCCAUGUCCACUUCAACCUCACCACUGCUCCCAUUCUCGCUAUUGCUAUUCUCUGGGCUUCGCAAUGCAUCGAUCCAACCGUCAUCAGAAAUGGUAUCGUAGGGACUGGUGGUGUAAAGCCAUACAAUAUUCUCAUUUUAUUCUUCUCCUUGGCGUACAUGGCCAUCACACUCGAUACCACCGGUAUCCUUGAGGCUGCUGCGUUCUGGGUUAGCAACAAGGGUGGCUCAAACGGACGAAAAUUAUACUUUUACUUCUAUGUCAUGCUAACACUCCUCUCCAUCCUACUCGGCAAUGAUCCGGUCAUCUUGUCCGGAACGGCGUUCUUGGCGUAUUACACUACUGUCGCAGGAGUAAAACCUAUGCCCUGGCUUAUGUCGGAGUUUGCAGCAGCCAACACUGCAAGUAUGGUCCUCUUCGUCGGGAACCCUACCAACGUGGUUAUUUGCGAGGGUUUUGGCGUUAAUAAUGCAGCAUUCACUGCGUACACCAUUCUGCCCUUCAUCGCCUGCAAUAUCGUGUGCUUUGGAGCCUUAGCGGGCCAGUAUCGCAGUGGAGAGAAUAUUCCGCGCAAACUGGACAAGAAAGCCGAAGCCGAUCCCCGGUCUGUACUACAUAAUCCGACCGGUGCCUUGGUUGGCAGCUUCUUACUUGGCUCCGCACUCAUCGUGUGUUUGGUCGUCAGCUUCUUUGGAAUAGACGUUUGGAAGAUCAGCUUGCCCUUUGCUGUCGCGAAGUUUAUCUUCGACCUAGCGUGGGACCAUCACAGGUCCACUUCUGGGAAACUGCCAGAUACCGAAAGGGCACCAAUGACAGCAGCCCCAAACCAGCCGCCAGAAAGCCAACACGCUCUUGGGCUGACUUCGUUGUCGGAGUCGCAAUCGACUGCAGGGGGGACUGGUUCUUUCUCCCUGGAAAAGGCCAUUUUGGACGCCUCCCAUUCAUAUCCCCAAACGUUCAUCACACGCUUUCGCUCACAGUCAUCCACAUUGUAUAGCCGCCUCCAUUUGCAUUUCCCAACUUUUUUCACCGCUCUCCCUCGACUACCUUUUGCCCUGGUGCCCUUCGCCUUCUCCCAAUUUAUUCUGAUCCAGGCUCUGGCUCACCAAGGCUGGGUAAACAUCUUUGCUGAUUGGCUAGUGAAGGCAACACACAACGACAUGUACGCUACUAUAUGGCUUGUCGGCGUCCUUGGUGUCGUUCUUUGCAAUGUCGCUGGCACCAACAUUGGAGCGACCAUUUUACUUACCAAAAUCGUGAACGCGGCAGCCCUCCCAUCCCAUUCCGCCCGCGCUGCCGCUAUCGCCCUUGCUGUCGCAAGCAACAUCGGUGCUGUCAGCUUCACCUUCUCCGCUAGUCUCGCAGGACUGUUGUGGAAGGAUAUCCUUGCGCAGAAGAAAAUAUUUGUGAGGCAGCGGGACUUCGCUUAUUGGAACUGCAUCCCGCUACUUGUAAUGACAGUCACAGGUCUUGCUGUUGUCUGUGCCGAAAUGUCGGUGUUGUACCAGUCGAGCGGUGCAUAG